GUCAAAGCCUUCCCUUCUCGACAACUACAACUUCCAACUUUUUACGUGAUAUAUAAUCAUACUUCAAGUGCUCUUCUCAUAAAACGAAAUCAUGACACGUGUGUUCCAGCUUGGCCUAAUCAUCGAGGCUGUUCUUAACAUAGUCGGAGCUCUUCCGUUCGUUUUAUAUCCAGAAUGGUGUCUCUCGUUCGCCAUUGCUGUUGACCCUGAAUCCGGUAUCGUGAAUGUGCCUCCAAGUUCUGCUUUACUCUGGCAGGUCUACGGUGUUCUCGUCCUCGCUCUUACUGUUCCUACCAUACAAUGCAUUCCAAACUCCGAGGCUGUAGCCGAGAAGAGACGGUUAACUUUCAACACACUCAUAGCCGGGGAGGUCUUUCUAGAAGCACUCUUGCUAUGGCAUAUUUCCCAGCCCGAUAGGAGCGGGUUCACUUCAACUUCGCUCAUCCUCAGUGCGGUAUUCUUGCUCCCUGCGCUGUCUUGGCAUACGUUCGCUGUCUACAUCAUGCCUAGUCUUUUACAGAGCUACGAUGUUCCAACCAAACCGGCCAAAAAGACGCUUUGAACUACCUACCAUGGACAGCCUCAUUGCACAAGGACCUCCGCUCCG